AUGGACGCUCCCUGUGCUUCCACGGCGCUGGGCCAUGCUCACUUGUCUCAUCUUCCACAACGGCCACCAAUUAAUUUAAGCUUUCAAGACCUUUCGUACACCGUGUUCAAUGGAAAAUCAUCAAAGCUUAUUCUACGCGGCAUUAAUGGCGAGUUCCGCUCGGGCCAGCUGACUGCUAUCUUGGGCCCUUCCGGCGCAGGCAAGAGCACUCUACUAAACAUACUUGCUGGUUAUAGGGUAAACGGCGCAUCUGGACUUAUAACUACAAAUGGAGAGCCGAGGGACUUGCGGCUCUUCAGAAAGCUGUCUCGAUACAUCAUGCAGGACGAUCUUCUGCAACCUUUUAUCACCGUGCAGGAAGCAAUGACGAUGGCAGCGGACUUGAAAUUAGGCAACAACAUGAAUAAAGAAAGGAAGACUAUUAUUAUAGAAGAAAUAUUGCAGCUAUUACGAUUGAAUAAGGCGCGGAACACAUCAAGCGAGCUUCUCUCAGGCGGGGAACGGAAACGAUUAUCCAUUGCUUUGGAGCUCCUUAACAAUCCACCGGUUAUCUUUUUAGACGAGCCGACCACGGGUUUGGAUGACGUCGCAUCAUCGACCUGUGUGUCUCUCUUAAAACGAGUGGCACGAGGAGGUCGAACAGUUAUCUGUUCUCUACAUACUCCUUCCGCGAGGAUUUUCUCCGUUUUCGAUCAUGUAUACGUGGUAUCUGAUGGGAAAUGUGCGUACCAAGGGACUGCUGCUGGAGUGAUACCAUUUUUAGAGGAAUUACAACUACCGUGUCCAAAAACUUAUAAUCCUGCUGAUUUUAUCAUAGAAGUAUCGAGUGGAGAAUACGGCUCGCAUACUGAUCGUAUGGUCGCAUCUAUAGAUAAUGGCCGAUCUCAGAAAUGGAGAAACUAUGCCGUGAAUAAAGUUUACGAAGCGACGGAAAUCGAACAAUUAAAUACAGGUGUGGUUGAAAAACACAACUAUAAGUUUGAGAGUACGCCGUAUUAUCAGUUCUUUGUACUUUUGAAAAGAAUGGUCUUGCAAACUGUUAGGAAUAGGGACAAUCUUUGGAUGCGAGUGUUCAUGCAUGUGUUUCUUGGUGUAAUAAUUGGCGCCCUGUUCAAUAAAAUGGGCUACGAUGCAUCUAAAACUCUAUUCAACUUUGGAUUUUGUUACGCGUGCAUUAUUGCUAUGUUGUACACCACUAUGAUGCCGAUACUACUCGCAUAUCCGACAGAAGUAUUACUUGUCAAGCGAGAAUAUUUCAACCGAUGGUACGGUUUAAAGCCGUACUACGCAGCAUUGUUAGUUUCUCGAGCUCCUGCGACCAUUUUCUUCAGCCUCCUAUAUCUGGUCAUAGUGUAUCCUCUGACAUCACAGCCUAUGGAACUGUCCAGAGUUAUGAUGUUCAUCUCAAUAUGCAUUUUGGUAGCAAUGAUAUCGGAGUCGAUGGGGACGUUGAUUUCGUCUAGUUUGAGUGUAGUAAAUUCAAUGUUUGUUGGACCAGUAGCGGCAGUUCCUCUGAUGUUGUUAGCAGUAUAUGGCAUAGGUAGUGGGGAUGAAGCUCCUCCUCUCAUUUGGAGGCUGGCUCGUAGCUGCUCCUAUAUGAGAUACGGCUUAGAAGGUCUUAUUGUGGCAAUUUAUGGACCACCGAGAGAUGACCUGAUUUGUCCUGAUGAUGUAGUCUAUUGCGAGUACAAAAAUGUUAAAUAUUUCGUCAAAAUGAUGGGAAUGUCAGGUGUAUCGUUUUGGGUUGAUAUUACAGUUCUUUUUGCUAUGCUGUUUGGUAUGAACUUUGCUGCGUAUUAUCUAUUACGACAGCGACUAUCGCCUAACUACGCCUUCAGAGCUAUCAAAGUUAUAGGCAGAUUCAUUAAAUCUAAAAUAAGUCUUAAAACG